AUGAGUUUCAGGGAAUUGCUAGGUCUUGGAAUGUUUGCUGUUGUGCCAUACUCUUUCCAUUUUCAUCAGAUGAGCAGUCUGCUUUGUUCCAUGGUCUUCAUUAUGUUGUUUCUCACUGAAUCUAUCUAUCUAUCGUGGCAGAAUUAAACAUUACAACCAGUUUUAACAGAAGCUCUGCUGCUCUGUCUCUCCGGUGACACACAAUGAAGAGAGCAAGAGAAGCACUGCCCUGCAUUUUUUUCCGAGGUUACUAGGAAUAAUAUAUAGGCGCUGCAUUUUUGCACACCUCUGCAUACUAGCCUACCCCACCGGAGUCCACCAGAGACACAACUCAGGCUCUGCUUUGACCGACAGCUUUGGAUCACUUCCCAGCAGUCACCCAGUUCGAUCUAAGCAACAUGACCGUGAACCACACUCAGUGUUUGAGGAGAGUUUGAGAGCUUGGAUCAGACGAUGCUGGGAAUGAAUGUAUAAGUACAGCAUCUGGGCUGUAGCCGCCUCUUUUCCUCAUCUGCUCUAAAAAAAAAAAAAAAAUCUUAACUUUAGCGCGCUUUGUUUCUGCUUUGGCAUCAUGACAGCGUUUGACUUCGCGGAUGUGGAGGCGUUCUUGGACAGCCACCCGGAUCUGUUCGAGGAGUAUCUGGUUCGGAGAGCCAAAUGCGAUCAGGUGAGCAGGUGGCUAAAGGAGCACCAGUCCUCCAAAGUGUCCACGUCCGAGGAGCGGCGCGCCGCCGCCACGGAGCCGCUCUGGCCGAGCAGCGCCGAGGGGCUCCGGCGCAGGUCGUCUCACAUGGAGCUGCGGCGGAACUUCGCCCGCUCCAAAGCCACCACCGCGCACCGCACCUACGACGAGCAUGUGAGCCUGAGCGAACACGAGUCCCAGUCGAGCAUGAGGCGCCGUGCCCUCCUGCGCAAAGCCAGCUCGCUGCCUCCGACCACCGCGCACAUCCUGAGCGCGCUGCUGGAGUCCAGAGUCAACGUGCCCCAGUACGCGUCCAGCGCCAUCGACUACAAAUACAGACUCAAGGAAACCAACGAGAGGGAGUUCUUUCUGGAACUAGUGAAGGACAUUUCCAACGAACUGGACCUGACGAACCUGAGCUACAAAAUCCUGAUUAACGUGUGCAUCCUGGUGGACGCGGACAGGUGCUCGCUUUUCCUCGUGGAAGGACCCGCUCACAAGAAGACGCUGGUGUCCAAGUUCUUUGACGUGCACUCGGGCACCACAGUCAGACCUUCAUCCAGCACUCUGAACUCUAAUGAAGUGCAGGUGCCAUGGGGGAAAGGUAUCAUUGGAUAUGUGGCAGAGCAUGGAGAGACCGUCAACAUCUCCAACGCAUACGAGGACCACCGCUUCAGCGACGAGAUAGACAAGUUAACCGGCUACAAGACCCAGACCAUCCUCUGCAUGGCCAUCUGCAACAGUGAUGGAGAAGUCAUCGGUGUCGUACAAGCUAUUAACAAGAAUCCAAUGGGCACCCCUUUUACUGAGGAUGAUGAGAAGGUGUUGCAGAUGUAUCUGCCAUUCUGUGGAAUAUCGAUUUUCAAUGCAAAGCUGUUUUCUGAGUCUCGCAAGGAGUACGAACGGAGCAGGGCUUUGUUGGAGGUGGUCAAUGACCUGUUUGAGGAACAGACCGACCUGGAGAAGAUUGUCAGGAAGAUCAUGCAGAGAGCGCUCACGCUGCUGCAGUGUGAACGCUGCUCUGUGCUUCUCCUUGAGGACAUCGACUCGCCUGUGGUCAAGUUCUCCAAGACGUUUGAGCUGAUGUCUCCCUUGUGCAACAUGGACAGAGACAUUAGCAUGGAGAAGUUGUCCUGCUCUGAUUGGCUGAUCAACAACAGCAUCGCUGAGCUGGUGGCUUCAACAGGGCUUCCUGUAAACAUCAGCGACGUUUGUCAGGAUCCACGCUUCGAUGCUGAGGCAGAUCAGGCCUCAGGCUUUCACAUCAGAUCUGUGUUAUGUGUCCCUAUCUGGAACAGAACUCACCAGAUAAUCGGAGUCGCACAAAUUCUGAACCGCCUAGACAGGAAGACGUUUGAUGAUGCAGAUCAGAGACUGUUUGAGGCAUUUGUGAUAUUCUGUGGACUUGGAAUCAACAACACUAUGAUGUACAAUCAGGUCAAGAAGACAUGGGCCAAGCAGUCUGUAGCUCUGGAUAUGUUGUCUUACCACGCCACCUGCUCCAAAGUAGAAGUCGACAGACUUAAGGCUGCAAAGAUCCCCCUGAGCAGCGAGCUGGGCAUCGACGAGUUCCACUUCAACGAUUUUUCCCUGGACAAUGACGCAAUGAUCACCGCGUCACUCAGGAUGUUUCUGGAACUUGGCGUGGUCCAGAAGUUUAAAAUCGACUAUGAAGUUUUGUGCCGUUGGCUUCUGACAGUCAGGAAGAACUAUCGAACUGUGGCGUAUCACAACUGGAGGCAUGCUUUCAAUGUGUCACAGUGCAUGUUUGUCAUGAUCACAACGGCCACUUUCCAGGAUGUGCUGUCAGAUGCAGAGAUCCUGGCCCUGAUGGUCGGCUGCCUGUGCCACGACUUGGACCACCGAGGCACAAACAAUGCCUUCCAGGCCAAGACCGGUUCUGCGCUGGCCCUGCUGUAUGGGACGUCCGCAACCCUGGAGCAUCAUCACUUCAACCAUGCCGUCAUGAUCCUGCAGAGCGAGGGACACAAUAUCUUUGCCAACCUCAGCUCUAAGGAGUACAGCAACAUGAUGCAACUAUUGAAGCAGGCGAUUCUCUCCACAGAUCUCACUUUGCACUUUGAGCGCAGAACCAAGUUCUUUGAGCACGUUCUGUCAGGAGAAUUCAGCUGGGCGGCCGAAGAACACAGAGAAGUCCUCAGGUCCAUGCUGAUGACUGCAUGUGAUUUGGGCGCUGUCACUCGUCCUUGGGAGGUAUCAAAACAGGUUGCAGAGUUGGUAACAAGUGAGUUCUUUGAACAAGGCGACAGGGAGCGGUCGGAGCUGAAGCUGACCCCAGCAGCCAUCUUUGACCGUAAUCGCAAAGAUGAACUACCUGCCUUACAGCUUGAAUGGAUUGAUGGGAUCUGUAAGCCACUUUAUCAGGCGCUGCUAAAGCUCAACAGGAAGUUGCAGCCAAUGGUGGACGGGAUAGAUGGCAACCGAGUGAAGUGGCAGGGACUCUGCAUGUCCUAUCAGCAGACAAGAAGAGCCUCAGAGUCCAGUCAGAGUACCGACCUGGGUCGGAAUACCGACUCCAGUGAAGACACGGAAACCUUCGAGCUGCCGAAGAAGGCCGAGAAAACUUCACAGGUUAAAAAUGCCGAGUUUGGGUCCAGAUCUGAUUGCAGAGAGGUUUUGAGGUUCAGAGCCAACAAAGAGGCCUGUAACGGCAAAGCAGCGUCAGACGACAGCAAGACGUUCUCUGGAAAGAAAUAAAGCAGGCCAGUUUGAUAAUAGGUGGAUUUAAUAAAUGCCUCUGCGUUUCCUGUCAUUUUCUAACACAAGCGCCCACCCAUAACAAGAUAAUAGGGUGAAAUGAAAUGCAGAUUUCAUCAGCUGAGCCUGCUGCAGCAUCACUGUGUUAAACUCAGGAAUGAUGGGCCUAACCCCAGUUUGUCAUAAAUCCAUUUAGAGGGCAGUGUUCGUACAAAUGAAGGGGUGUCAUCACUGAGAUAAGAAGACUGCUGAAACCAAAGAGGGACACUGAUUACUGUAAUGUGUUUGUAAAAUCUAUGUCCAAAUAAAAAAAAUAACCUGAGGAAUGCCUUUAAAAACAUCAAGGAAUCACUGUGACAUGUCACAUACAGCGAACUGCACAAUAAUCUGUGCCACUGGUAAAGGUCUGUGGAAAGCUUUCAAAGACAUGCAUCUUUUACUGCAGCAGCAUAAAAUAAGGCUGGAAAUAGAAUAUUCUAACCUUAACUUUAAGUAAAACUGCUGUGAGGGAAAAAAAACAUGUUUAAAAAUAGUUACAUUUUUUUAUUUUAAAUUAGAAAGAAUUGUUUUUAUACAAUCAAAGAUUCCACAAUUAUUGGCACCCUUACUGUAAAUACUGCACAAUCUCUCUGUUGUUGAGGAUUGGGUCCUUUCUAAUGCUGUCUUCUCUUCUCCUCACCCCCACCAGUAAUGUCUGUGUUGAUUUUGUCAUUUGUUUUGGAUCUUUGUUCUGUCAAAAGAUCCAGUGAGAACCCAUUCUCAGUUUAGUGGUAGAGGCUAUUACAUUUUCACUUUAAAAGAUUCAUCAUGUCAAUGUUUCCAGAGCCUAUGGAGGAGGAACAGAUCAAAUCAUUGCCCUUUAUUAUACAGCAAACCAAGCUGCAGUGUCUGCUGCCAGAAAAAGCUCAAUGAAAAUGUCACCUGACCAGAGUAUAAGGUUCCAGUUAAAGCUCUGGUACCAUUUAACAAAGUCCACAUGAUCGGUAGAAUGAAAAAGGCCUUAUUUCUGGCUUGCCGGCCUGUUAGCGUGUAGAUGAAGGUAAGCUAGUCAAGGCACUUCUUGCUGUUUUUCUUUCCAAGAUGAAAUUGUGGAUUCUUACAAAACAGGUGUGAUAGCAGCAGCUACGCGUGCGUCCUCCUGCGCUGCCAUGUUUAUGUUGGUUCGGCUGUGGGCUCAUUAGCUCUUGCUUUAGUCGCACCAGUAUAUUUAUCCUCCGUUUACGUCACUGUCCUAGCUCCCACUACACAAUACACAUCCCCACUAACUUUUCCACACAACAGUAGCCUCUAUGCUGCAGUAUCCCCAUCUUGCUUGAUGUGUGUGUUUGCACAAUAAAUAAUCAUCCUCAUCCAGACCUAAAAAUCUGAAGACUUUCCACAGAUUCUCAGUUUAUUUUACGUCCUGACUUUGGCUCCACCAUUCGAACACACAAAUAUCCUUUGAUGUUUUUUCACAGUACAAAUGUACUCAAAUUAAAGGGUGUAAUUUUUUCUUAAUUUCUCAGUGUGCCACGACACAAAAAGCUGAAUUUAUUUUAUUGCUUUUUAUGCAUCUUCACCAGGAUGUGCCAACAAGUGUGUAGGGCACUGUAAAUCCUGUCAUGAAUGUAAACUGGAGCAUGACCAUGUUCCUGAAUGUCAUAGCUAGGCUGUCUUACUUUAGUUAAUGAAUAUUAGCCUGCAUGAGCUUAUCUACUGUGCUGUUCUUUGACAGCCAGCUUGUUCCCUGAGUUGCAUGUGAUAAUUCUUGCCUUUCUAUAUGGAUUACGUGUAGCUCAUUGAAUCACACUGUCUAGAGUGUUUGUGCAUUAUCUCUGAAUUUGCUAAACAGUCAAGACAGGAAAAUCCAAACGAUUCUGAGACUUAUUUUAAGAUCGUGUAAAGGAAUUUGCAACAGUUCUUUGCAGCAAAUGAUAUUUUCUUUUUGUGCAUUCAGAUCAAUAUUUUGAACUACUUCUGUUUUGUUCUCGCCUCAAAUCUCCUUACAGUUAACUGUUGCAAGCAGGCUGAAGUGGAAAAACUACCUAUUUGAAGUGCAUACAUAGCCACAUGAGUUUCUGAGUUUGACUCUGAGACUUGCCUUCAGAUAAUUUCUGUGAUCUUUAGAUACAAUAACUUCAAUGUUUUGUCUGUAUGUACUGUAUAUAUUUUUCUUCAUUUGGAAAUGCAUGCAGGUUUUGUUGUUACUGCAUGUUUGAUGUUGACACUGGUCAUCCUGAGGCCUUUGAUUGCCAUAAGAGAUUUGCUUUGCAUGCAAGUGUACUGGAAAUCCUAUUUUUUUUCUGGUGUAUUAUAUUGUUGCUGCUCUGUUAUUGUGAAUGAGAGCAGCCAUAAAUCUAUACUUCGAGCUGCAGGCUUUACCCAAAUUAUAAGCUGGUGAGUUUUCAUACUCUGGACCCCAUGUGAACGACAACCCCUUUAAAAAUAGAUUCCUAAACAGGACAAGAAUGUGAUUUGUGUAAGAGAAAAAAGAAAAAGAAGGUUGUGAGACUGAAAUGAGUUUGAUAAUGGAAAGUGAUGGAUUGUUGUCACGUGAAGUUAAAAAAGGCAAGUUAGAUGUUAUUGUUGAAAAUAUUUAAUUUCAAUUCAAAGAAGCAGGUACUGAUAAAGUUUAUACAUAAAGCUGUGACAAUUAUGCUGAUACACAGUAAUAUGAAUCAUGCUUGCUAUAAGGCUGUUCUGUGUAAAUCAAUAGGUGGGACGUUGCCUUAAUGUGGAAUACUAUUCAUGGCCACAAGGGGCUGUUUAAAGAAAUAUUUUUUAUUGACAAUGUCAUUUAAAAUGCAUUAAGUUAUUUAAUUUAACUCUGAAAUAAAUACAUUUUUCUGUGCAAGUGUCUAGUUGUGGCAUUAACCGAUUUCACUCCUACAAAUGAGCAAGCCGUUGGGCCUAAUGGUUAUUUAAAAUUUAAAGAGAUUUCAGGCCUCGAAGGUUGUGUUUGUGGGGCUCGACCAGAUUAAUAUUCAUGUUUGCGAUCCUGGUGGAGCAACAUUCACAAUAAGAAGUUAAUUUACCCUGAAUCUGAGUCUCGCCUGUUGUCAUUAUUCCUGCUGUUUGCAGAGUAUCUUCCACAGAUAACUUCCCUGACAGUUUGUUUUAAUCAGGUUUUAGCUCUCUGUACUGUUUGUACUGCUGAAUUAUUUGGUAAAUUGGACUGCUGAUGACCAAGGUGAUGCAUUACCCAGUAUUUUUCUGUAAGUAAAUGCUUAUUUUCGUAAUGUU